AUGGGCGACCACGGGUAUGGAGCCCCCAGUGGCGGUCUGCGGUCCACUGUCGAAGAUCUUGCCAAAUUUUACGGCGCUUUUCUUCAAGGCAUCAACAAUCAGUUUGAAGACGGUGCUCCUUCAUCUGGAACCUCCACUCUCAAGCAGCUCCCGCAAGUCACGUCAGCUAAAAUAGCUAUUGACCAGCCGUCAAAGCACGAAUCCUCCUACGCCUUUGGGCCUUCUGCCCGAUGGCAUGCCCCUCGUUGGCAAAGAAACGACUUUGUCAGCCUAGCCGAGAAGGCAGUCACCAAGAAUCUCGAAUGGCAUUCCUCCGUCGUCGAAGACUUGAAGAAGCACCAAAAGUCAGGCACAUUGCCCAAGCCUUUCGAGCAGUACGUCGGCACUUACUGGGAUCAGCAGCAGAUUUUCAAGAUAGAGGUGGUGCACGAUAGUGGUACUCUCUAUUGGCUCAUCCAAGGUCUCGAUAAUGAAAAGUUUCCACUCGAGCACUACCACGACGAUGUUUUCACCUGGCUUCGCCCACGGAAUGAGCUCUCGAGAAGAGGACGAUGGGCUGGAUGGGAUCAGGAAGCUAUAUUUUGGAUAGUUCACUUUGGGGUUGACGAUGACGAGAGAAUAGAUAGGUUGACCUGGGCACAUGACAGUGGUGUCCCAGCUGUGACAUUUACAAAGAUAUGA